UCGCUGCUGCAGAACAUGACGAACUGCGAGUUCAACGUCAACUCCUUCGGGCCCGAGGGGCAGACGGCGCUGCACCAGUCCGUCAUCGACGGCAACCUGGAGCUCGUCAAGCUCCUCGUCAAGUUCGGUGCCGACAUUCGCCUGGCCAACCGGGACGGCUGGAGCGCGCUGCAUAUUGCCGCCUUCGGGGGCCACCAGGACAUCGUCCUCUACCUGAUCACCAAGGCCAAAUACUCCGCCGGUGCCCGGUGA